AUGAAAAAUAAAUCUAUAAAAUCUAACAUUGCUAACAAAAAGCAGAAAAGAAUAUCAAAAAUACCUAGCAAAGAUGAUUGGUGUGCCUCGUUAGACUCCAUAUCAAUCAAUGAUGAUCAUUGGUGGUGCAUAGUGACGAUGAUGGUGGAGACAAUUGUCGAGCACAACCGUUACAUUUCUCUUUUCAAUGAGGCCGUUGAGGAAAGGGAGCAGGCGUGUAUUUAUUCCCUCAGUUAUCAGAAGGUGGUAGACACGGUGAGAGCGCUGUCAAAACAGGAUCCAGAGAAAUGUCCCGCCGUCGAGAGUAUCUGUCAUUACGCGAAUACGGUCUUAAGCGAGAACAACGGCCAUCUCUCUACUUGGCUGAUUGCACGGCUCAUAAAGUAUCUGAUUUAUCGCGCUAAAAUCGAGCACAUUGAGGGACUUAAAGUACAGGCGGAUUUAGACCGCAAAAUCGCUGAAGAAUGUCGAACAAUUCGAAAUACUGACGGCUCAACUUCUUCGCGAAGCACCACCGAACCUUCACCAAGAGCCUACAGCAGUGAAACUAAAUACACGUUCAACGGCAAAGCGAAUAUACAUUUGCAUGUGGAUAACGUAGCUUUUGAUGGACCGAAACUCUACAUUGUACUUAGCGAGUUUCACAAUCCCGAUUUACCAGCGGAAUUGUUAAGCGUCGGAGUUCCUUUGACCUGUAUAUUCGAGAUUAAGCUUUCCGACGAGCAGUACGUUGCGCAACGAGAAACGGAGGUACAGAAUACGACGAUCCGAGAUAAGACGCACUUCUUUAAAGACCAUCGUGUCAACGAAAACGAGCUGCUCGAAUUCUGGAGGGUCACGCGCGAACGAUUCGCUAAUCUACCGGCUCACCCAAUAUAUUCUAACGUAAUUAUCCUUACCAUCCGUUUAUCCGUAUUUCCGGAAAGGACUAACUUUGCCGAGAAAGAGUCUCUGAAGCGAGACGUAUACGACAGAGUACUUCUCACUUUGCAUCAUUUGUACGAUCUUUACCAACGGCAUGCAAAGUACCUUAAAGAUAUGAAGCUCGAGAAAGGAAUCGAUAAAGGGGACGAGGCGCUAGAUACUAGAAUUUACGAGGAUGCAUUGAGAGAUAUACCUAACGAAUACAUCGACGUCCCAUUGUUAUUGGGUGCGAUACUUCUGCAGGUCGAACACAAUCUCGCGACAUCGUCCGACGGACAUCUCCCGGUCGAUCACGUAGCAGGAAUUGGCGGCGCCGAUACGAGACACGAGAAUACAUCAACGACAGCCGAGCGGAUCCCGCUAUUCAAUAUGCAGGAUAAGCUGAGACUACUUGAUCUUGAGUACGAGCUUACCGAUGAAUACGCCGACGGCAGUCAGUCGUCGCAGCCUUCUGAUCUCGAAGUUAUACCAUACGGUGACACCUUGAGCCUGAUCAUCCGUCACUACCUCGACCACAGACCCGUUCGUAGUUUAGAAGACGCAGUUCUGGGAGUUCUGCGGGAUCCGAGAAUAAUUAGCGUUUGGCGGAAUCAUCAAGCGCCGGCGAGCUCGAAGUCCGACAUGUAUUUCUGUCACAUGGACAAUAUCGCGCAUGAAUUUAAUCGAGAACAAAUGGUCAGUCGUGAGGAAGUUGCGCAUUACUUACAUCUUUUGGCGUUCGAUCGACUGAUCUUUUCCGAGAGCAGUCGCGAGGCAGCGGCACAAUCGACGCGAUUGUCGAGGGACGAAUUGUCAGAAUUAAGACACGCUCGAUCGACGAUAAGAAGAGCACGCAGCGCGCCAAAUUUGAUGUCGUCGCCUUCGUUCACGGGGGCAUCGCGUCUAAGUCGCUCGAAAAGCGACACCGAGAUUGAGUAUUGCAAGCCGAUAGUCGCAUACACGAAAUGCCCGCUUUUGUUCGCGUUAACAGACGCCAGAGAGACAUUGCUUCCGGGAUAUCUGCGCAAGAAUGUCUUCGACAAGAGAAGUUACGAAAGACCGAGUCUCGAAGAAUACGAAGACGUCGAGCUGCUCUCGUCUCGGGUUUUUCUCCAGGUCGUUCACGAAUGUUUCCAAAGUUUCGAUCGUUUCGCGGCUAGAUACUUCGAGCCGACGGAUUCGAUGCUGCUUUAUUUUAGCAACAACAACGCGAUGGGCCAAGUGUCCGAGGAGAGGCGCCUGUCGAGUAUACGUACGCCGAUCGGACUUUGCGAAUUCUGCGAAUAUAUCGCGGAGGAGAAAGAGGAAAAUCGGAUGAAACGGGAGCAGGAGACGCGGCAAUCGCGCGGGACGGGCUUGACGGGAAGAUUUAUGAAGAAAUCCAUCGAGGUGGAAGACGGCGCGAUCAUAUUCGACGACGAGUGCUUCGUGCUUCCGGAUUCUCUGAAAGCGCGCCGUCUAAAGAAAAGUCCGGAUCGCGACGGGCAAAAGAAAAUUUUCGAAACGAAGGAGGAAUUCGCGGAUGCAGCGAAGAGGAACGCCGCCGUCGAGGGAAAGAAAAUGACAAGACAGAAACGGAACGGGGCGCCGAUGGCGAACAACGGAAGCAAACGGGCGGAUGGAAGAGUUAUGAGUGGAAAAACGUCAAUGACGGAGAAAAAAUCGGACACAAAGAUAGAUGAUGUCGAUACGUCCUUCUUACCGGUGAAAAAAAUUCUAUCGUCCCAAUGUGUCGAGACGGGCGGGCCGCGCGACUUGGUCGGAUACGAUCUUGGAGAUCUUCGUGUUCAAGUGAUUCAUCAUAGCAAAAAGUUUCUUUUGGACGACGAUACAUCGGUGAGCGUCGAGCUCGAAGACUGGCUUCACGGCGGCCGCGAUUUACGCAUCGCUGUUACUCUGUCGCGCUGUACUUUACGAUUGUCUGGCGGAGUUAGUCGCCGUCAGCCGGCAGACACAUUUCACUUAACCACGAAAAGGGGAAUUGUGUUAGGUUUCCAGAGAAAUAGGGGAGAACUAGUUGAAAACUCAUCCGAUUCCCAUUGGCGAAAUUUGACUUUCGACUUUCGUGCUUCAUGGCCUUCGGGGUUAUUGAUAGAACCAACCAUCGGGGACGGUACCAAAAAUCCAUUUUGCAUUCGGCAAUCGUACGUUUUGAAACGUCCCGGGCGCGCAGGUGCAGCCCGUGAAGUCUGCCGGAACUUUCUCAGAAACGGAAUCGUCCUAAAGUAUCUGGACGACAAUACUGUCGUCAUCUUCCGCCCGAACGGCGUCAUCGUGACGUGCAUGGACUUCGACAAGCCGCAAUCGCGCGACGAAUCCAUCCACGAGACGGUCCCAAAAAAAUUUAGGAUCCAAAAGGGCAACUCGAGGCAAUCGGUGGCGACCGAGCAUAGCGGUGAAGCCGUGGAUUCCGCGGGGACAAGUUCCGACGGAUCGAUCGCGGACGUACAACUGUCGAAACAGCGUCUACCGCCAGCGGGAAGCAACAGAGAUGAUUCAUUGAUAACAGGCGCAUUCGCCGUGGGUGAAGUGGUACGAUACUUGGUGGUGAAUUACGACGGUAGAUGCUACGAGGUGCUGAACGAUCUCGUCGUAAGUGAACACGAUCGAUUGCUCGUUAGGACAACGUCGGAUUACGAGGUCAACGAGGUAUUCACACGUCGUGCCGAUGGUACUGAUACGUUACUUCGUUCAAACGGAGAAUUGAUCGUUACUUUCCUCGAUGGCACGAGUAUCAUUACCGGUUACAUGAUAGAGGAACAGCCGGUAAUUUGCGAAUGGACGGAGAACGAAUUGCAGCGAUACUUCGGAGUCACGGAAACGAAAGAGCAUGGUGAUCGAGCCACCGUCGCGCCGUUCUCCGAUAAUGAGUUCUCGCGUGAGGGUUCGUCGUACGUCGAAGCACGCCAGGAGAAGCCGACAGGGAUGCUAUCGAUCGCGGACGACGGUUUUGUCUCGAUCUUGUUGACUUUCCGCACCGAGCACAAAGACUACGCCACUGUGUCCUACGAUCAGUCAGCAGUUAGCUGUACUUUAUCGAUGCCCGACAAUCUCCACGUCAGCAUAUCGAGGAGAGGUCAUUACGAAGUUUCAAUAGCGGACGAAGUUAAUCUGAAGCUUUCCAACGAUGACGUGGCAUUCUGGAAGACGUGUGCUACUUGCGGCGGAAGAUCGGCGACGACUUAUAAGUUUCCAGAAUCCUCCGCAUCUGGUUCGCGAACGAUUCUCACGACAGCCGGUAUUCUUGGCAAUGUGCUUGAGGUUAAAAGUGACGGUACCACGCGUUAUCAUCGAAGCGAGGAUCGCCGAUAUAUACCAAAGGGACACGAGUGCAACGACGAUGUUCUCGAACGCGGCGAAGAAAGAAGAGGCGAUGAAGAGGGAGACGCUAACUCGGAGGCAAGGAUCCAUUGCAAACACGAACGAUAUUGCGAAACGCUCAAGUUUCCUGCGAGAAGUCAAUACAGAAUUUUCGCGAUGAAUCGCGAUCUGACAGCUUGUGAGUACCUUCAUCGAUCGGUUAGACGCGAGCAAGAAGUGGCAGCCGUCUUUGGCGAUGAGAUGAGUAUGAGUAUGAUCCAGUAUCCAAUUUCACGUCGACCGGAACUUCGCCGCUUGAUUACGUUUGUGCCGGUGAAACCAGAAUUGCGAUCAAAGGAAACAUGCUGUCAAUACCCGGUUACGUCUGACAAACGGACGGAUUACGAUAGAAUUGAAUUACCGCGCAGCACUUAUUCGUUUCCGUACAACUGGCUGUUCCCCUUUGGCAAAAAAGUAGUUCCUGAAAGAACUCGGAACGAAGUUUUAGCAAAGCGAAAUGAGCAGCCGCUGCCCAAGUUAUUGCGAGUGCGCGUUUUCUUCGGCAUUAAAGGGGCAGACAGAAGCGUCCUGAUCGAUAUGCAGAGAGCUAUAGGACGCUAUUGGUUAUCUGUGUUACGUGAUGGUGACAAAUGUCGGCUAUUUUACGCGACUAUUGGAGGCAGUCGACCCUGCCAAGUUGGAAAUGAUUACAGGAGUUCGGAGGCCGGCCUACGAGAGCUGGCUCUGGGCGUUAAGGGAAGCAUCGACGUCGAGACGUACGUCAGAAGCCUUCGGAGUAAGCUCAUUAAAGUAAGCACGAAAGCUCCUCGGCAGUCAAGCCGUCUUGCGGAGUUACUUCGACAAAGAGCCUCGAUGAAGGAGGUAUAUGAGUGGUAUAAACAGUGCAUGAGGAAGCGAAUUAUUGUACCUUACUUUGAAAAUAUUGCCGACUCGUACUAUACCUUAAUGAAAACUCACAUCGACGAAGCGGCACCGAAGGAGUGUCACUUGCGUGCAGCGUCGCGAGAAGAAACAGAGCUUAUCGAUAAAAAUGAGGAAAGCUGUCGAUCUUCCCGUUGA